UUCAUGAUACAGAGUUUUCAUUAAGAGUCGAAGAAGUGGGAAAAGUUCAGUCAGUCGUGCAGUGUGAUCGGUGCAAGAAAGUCGUGUUUUGUGUUCCGGAGAUCGUGGUGCGUGUAGGAUUUAUUUAUUGCUGCUAGUUUAAGUAAACUUAUUCAAAAUGAAAGUCACAUUUCUGCUUGAGCUAUUAUUGAUUCUAAUAAUAAUCGCCUUUGCUGCCUCGAGUCCAGUUGGAGAUGGUCGAAAUGCCCGGAAGGGAGCUUUAAUCUACCGACAGGCUGCCGAUGAUGUUGCCGAUGCUGCCUCUGUCGUUGAUCCCGCCCCAGCUCCAGUUGUUCCUGUCGCCGGCGGUGAUGAUGAUGAUGACGACGAUGAUGAUUCGGAUGAAUUUGAUUUGGGCGAUGAUGAUUCGGCCGAAGAUGACGACGCUGACGAUGAUGACGAUGACGAUGAUGAUGAUUUGAUUGGCUCCGUGGAGGACGAAAUCGAUGACGACGAUGAUGAUGAUGACGAUGACGAUGAAGUGGCUGCCCCAGCAUCAGUCGCUGUUGCUCCGGUCCUUGACCAGCAGAAACAGUCAGCUGUUGCCCAACCUGCCCCCGCAGCUGCCGUUGAUGAGGAAGAAGAUGACGAUGACGAUGACGAUGAUGACGAUGAAGAUGAUGCUUUGUCUUUUUUUGGUGAAGAUCUUCUAGGAGCUUUCGAUGAUGAAGAAGACGAUGAUGAUGACGACGACGACGAUGAUGAUGAUGAGGUUGCCGCCGCUGUUCCUGCUGCCCCAGUAGUACCGAUUGUGGCAGAACCUGCCGUGGCUGCUGCCGCUCCUGCCGCUUCCGCUCCUGCCAAAAAACAGAAGCAGAAGAAAAAGCCAGCCCCAGUCGCCGCCAACACACAGGCUCUUCUAGAUCUCGCCGAUGCUGCCUCGACCCAAAAUGAAGUUGAUGCUCCAGCCAAGAAACCAGAGGAAAUCGAUGUGAACAACGAGGUCAACAAAAUCGUAGAAUCGCUUGCUGCCCAGAAGGCCGACCAGAAUGCUCAACCAGCAACGGAACAAGCCGCUGAUGAGGAGGAAGAAGUUGAAUACGACGAGGGCUCUCCAGAAAAGGUACAAACACAAUCUUCCGAUAACAAUAAAGUUGAUGUUGUUGCCGCUCCUGCAGCCGUGACUGCGACGAAGCCGACCGGUGACGAUGACGACAUCCUCGAAGGCUUUACCUCGCUAGUGGACGACGACGAAGAGGACGAUGAUGACGACGAUGACGACAGCGACGAGACAACCCCACAGAAAGUAGAACAAUCGGCCACGAAUACCGAAAGUGAGACACAGCCAGAGGAUGAUGCCGAGGACGAUGACGACGACGACGAUGAGGAUAGCGACGAGCUGAUCGAUGAGAGUGCCGUGGAGGAAAUUGCAGAAUCCGAUGUGUGAGUGUGAUCUACCUGUUACCCACCCCUCCUAUCCAAUCCUUCCUAACAAC